UCGCUGUUUUUUUUAAUAUCAAAUCGAUCAUCAUCAACAAUCAACAAGUUUGUACAUGUGUUCCUCCUUUUGAGUCCAGCUUGGUAAACUUUGUAAUAAAAGUGCAUGAUACAAAAAGAGAAUCCAACUUACAGCUCAAACAAUGGUGUGUCUUCUAAAAGUGCCUUCAGGCACUGAAUCUUCAUCCUCACAAAAUGCAAAGUGGCGUCUGCUGCCCAGCCUUUAAGAAAAGAUGACAACAACAGUUGGAAAGGAACAUUGGGGAGAGAACAAUGGACUCAGAUUUAGUACGAUUGCCAGUUAGUCGUGGCGGAAUCGCAAAUGAAAGCUACGAUGCCACCCAAUCGAGAUGUGACAGCAAUAACAACCGCAAUGGAAGUCCGGCCAUCACAGAUGAUCUUCUCUUGUACUCACCUUCGACCUCAAGCAGCGAUAAGGAUUCCCAGUUUUCACCAGAAAAUUACCAAGAUGAGGAGUUCUAUGGAAAGUUAAAGGUCAAAGUUAGGAAAGACGGCAAAAAGCUUGUUGAGAAGAAACGGCGUCAGGAUCUUCAGCAGCAGUAUUCUAAUUUAAGGAUGAUGGUGCCAGGGUUGCAGGAUAUUGAGGGCCGUACGCCAUUCUCCAGGAAUUUUAUUCUCAAAAACACCUUUAACUACAUUGAGCAGUUGAAAACCUCGGUACGUUCAUCUCUGUACUUGGCCAAUGAGCUGCGACGAGAACAAGAAUACAGCCUGAGAUUGGAGAGAGAACUUCUGAUGUGGCAAAGGAGAGUUGCUGAUUUGAGAGAGAAGCGGAAAUCCAAAGAUAUGAAACCCUCUAUGCCCGGACAAGGAGGUAUUGUUAACAGCAUGGCAUCUUCCUAUAGUCAUUCAUGAACUUUGAACCUACACAAUCUACACAAUCCAGCAACAUCAAAAUAAGGCCCGGUCAAGGUGUUUAUGAAUCUGGCAUCAGCCAUGGCCACAUAACUAAAAUGACCCAUGGUCCUUUUCGCUUCAGCCAAUGAAAAAAAACUUACAAAAAUUUGUACUUUCUGUAUGUAUCAAUCAUUCAAUCAAAUCAAUCAUUGAGCAUUUGAAGAGCGCCGCCUUUCUAGUUGCCUAUUCUGAGGCCCUUAUAGUAAAGUGGCGAAAAAACUAAGACAAAAGAGUUGACAGAAUUUCAUGUGGAGAUGAAAAGUGCAAUGAGCUAAAAAGCAGGUUUGACGAGAUGUGUAUGGAGUUGAUAUGGGAGAUCAUUGCAUAGCUUUGGUGCACAUGAAACAAAACUCACAUCACCUGAUGAAGAAUGCGAUCUAGGUUUGUUCAACUGUGGUUUGUUUGAAGACCUCAUAUUUGGCCUAUGAUAGUACAUUUAUGUUAAUAACAUGUCUCUUGUAUAAACUGAGAAUGGACUAGGAAGUGCCUUUCAAGUCAAAAGUAGGACUUUUUAAUUAAUUAUUUGGGUAACCAAAGCAAUGCUGUAAGUGUUGGAUUAAUGGUCAAGUUUCUAGUAGUUUAUGAAAUUGGUCUGUUUUGAGGAGAGUUGCUGAGGUUAAAGACUUCACAAUAUUAACCAGCAAAUUGUUAUCAUUUCUUCUACUCGAAGCAAGGAGUAGUAGGUGAUAACAAAAUGAACAAAAAUUCCUUUGCAAGUACAACUGAAAUAAAAGCUGCAAAUUAUAAAAGGAAAUUUCUUGUGGAAUGUGUUAAAUAAACACAUCAACUAUGCAAAAUGUUAACAUUCUCAGUAGAACAGAUACUAUCGAAAAUAAUAGCUAUGUAAGUUCUUCCAAAAAACUGUUUCUUCGUUGUGGUGCUGUAAAUGACAGGAGUCAUUUCUUUAUUGUGUGGAAGUCUUCUCCACUAGUCAAGUUAAUUUCGUUUACAAAUGUUUAUAAUUUUUCUAACUAAGAUUAAUUGUUAACAGAUUUCACAGAUUUCGGUGGCACGGUUGGCUUGUGCGUAAAGCGCUCGCCUCUCACCAAGGUGACCCCGGUUCGAUUCCCGGUCGGG